AGAUUCAAGUCUGUUCAAAUUAUGACAACUGGGGUUAGGGUGUGGCCACAAUGAGGAAAGUUUUGCAUAUAUAAUAUAUAAAGAAUAUAUAGUAAAAGAUCUUCUCCAGAACAGAAUAGUUUUGUUUAGUCAAAUUGACAUGUAAGUAUCUGCAAGUAGUGAAGAUUUAAAUUAAUUCAAAUAAUGUCCUGGGUUGGGGUUUGUCAGGGGUUGCAAUGGGAGAUCGAGUAAUAUGUUGGAAACAUCUUUUUAAAAAUCUUCUUUUCAAGUAUGGCAAAAUUAUACAUGUAUGCUUUAUUGAUAUAGUGACAUUCUCAAAUAAUAGAAAAUUCAAAUCCCCCUACCCCAACAAGUAAGCUUUUCAAUACUAUGCUGAUUUGUGUUUUUUUAACUAGCCCGUGUGCCCAGGUGAGCGAUGUGGCCCAUGGGCCUCUGUUUUUUAUUGGGACAGGUUCCCUCUGCGACUUUCAUGAUCCCUGUCAAAAUCACAAAUGCCAAGUUGGCCAGAAAGCUGUAUGGAACAUAUUCAAAGGAUCAUGUGACUGCUACUGCACAGGCAACAGGGGUUGUAGCUAUCUAGGAUGCCCACAUCCAUACUGCACGCAGUUCUUUGGUAUAUUUUCCACUUGCCACUGUGGAGAAUGUACAACGGACAGACAUUGUAAAUGUGGAGUUGGGGAGACGGGGAAAUGUAACAUAGACUAUCGACAUCAUCCCACUCACUUCUGUGAAUGUCUGGGACCAAGUUCCUCUACUGUUAGAACUACCCCACCCACAACCAAAACCACCCCAACAACUACCAAGACCACUCCAACCACAACCAAAUCUACCACCGCUUUACCACUGGUAAGACUAGAAUGUCACGACCAUAAAAUCGGUGUGAUAGAGGCCAUUGCAGAAAAUGUGCAUGUACAGGACCACAAAGCAGCAGUAUGUCCAAACAACAAACACGAAUCCUCCGAGGCUUAUAUCAUCAACAAAUGUAAUACAACGAGAAGAAGCCACUGGAGAAAGGGUUCUUCUAUUAAAACUGAGUGUGAGAAAGGCCAUCGCAUAACUCCUUACACACCUAUUUCUACAUUUCUUCGCAGUGGAGAAAACAUUGCGGGUUUCUUCAUCAGUUGCAAUAAACAAGGCUUUAAGAUGGCCGCGCAGUCCUGCACAGACGCGCCGAUGGUUACUAACGUUACCCAGUUCACCAUUCCCCAUCUGACCGAUUUUUACACUAUUUUAUUACCAACUCAAGCUUGAAUUGAACAAAAAUCACACUGAAUCAUAAUGCACAUUUCAUUAAAGU